AGUUUUGCUGUUAUUAGGAAGCACGGUUUGACUGUUGUUGUAGAGGUUGUUUUUUUUAAGUGUCAAAAUGAACCGCAUUUUCGGCAGAGGAAAACCCAAAGGACCACCGCCCAACCUUACGGACUGUAUAGGAAGCGUUGAUUCUCGGGCCGAGUCCAUCGAUAAGAAGAUAUCCAGACUUGAUGCUGAACUCAUGAAAUAUAAAGAUCAGAUGAAGAAAAUGAGAGAUGGUCCAUCAAAGAAUAUGGUGAAGCAGAAAGCCAUGCGGGUCCUUAAACAGAAAAGAAUGUAUGAAGGACAGAGAGAUCAGCUGAUGCAGCAGUCAUUUAACAUGGAGCAGGCCAACUACACCAUUCAGACACUUAAAGACACCAAAACAACUGUGGAUGCUAUGAAGAUUGGAGCCAAAGAAAUGAAGAAGGCUUACAAGAAUGUGAAGAUUGAUCAGAUUGAGGAUCUUCAAGACCAGUUGGAGGACAUGAUGGAGGAUGCUAAUGAAGUACAGGAGGCUAUGAGCCGCAGCUACGGAACACCAGAUAUCGAUGAAGACGAUCUAGAAGCAGAGCUGGAUGCACUCGGCGAUGAGCUGCUUUUGGACGAUGACAGCUCUUACCUUGACGAGGCCUCGUCAGCUCCAGCUAUACCAGAAGGCACUCCAGGAGAGAGGAGCACCAACCGGGAUGGAGUUCUGGUCGAUGAAUUUGGACUUCCUCAGAUUCCAGCAUCAUAAAAAAACAAUGAACACAUUUUAUCUCCUUUAAACUUAUGCAUCUGACAUGUAAAACACUGCGAUCCUUGCAUUUACAGUUUUCUAUGAAGCAGGUUCAUAUAAGAUCAAGUGCUCUGGGGUUAAGGAUUAAAAAAUAUUCACAAUUGUAAA